AUGGUCCAGAGAAUCAACUGGCCCUUCGCGAAACAGGUGUUCUCCGCAAUUUUCGUAGCUAUUGACGAGAACGUUGGAACAGUGGAUCACAAUAGAGGAUCUUUAACAUGUCUACACCCUCAACAAGCCCAUCUACCAUCCGCCAACCGCGAGUUACGCAAGAUCACUCGAGCUACAGCACGGUUAGCGGAAUCCAUAGUGGAUUCAGUUCACCACGUUCGAAUGUCCAUGUCCAUGACGACUUCUAUGAAAUGUCAAGACCUGAUGGAGAAUUGGUACCAGUUCGCGGCUGAUCAUGGACAACACGCGCAGCAGAAGUUUUUCAAUCUUUCAACCUCCUCUGUGGACAACCAGCCGAAUUCAAAUCGGUUAAUAAACUUGCUAUAUCAUGGGUUACGUUCAUAUGCGACGACUGUCCGCUGA